AUGUCUAGCUCAGCAAAAAUUAUGGAUCCUGCUUUUCAGGGAGUUGGUCAAAGAGUAGGAACUGAAAUAUGGAGGAUUGAGAAUUUUCAGCCAGUUCCGUUGCCCAAAUCUGAUCAUGGGAAAUUCUACAUGGGAGAUUCGUACAUCAUCUUGCAGUUUGGUGAUAAGGAUGAGGCUGGAACUGCAGCCAUUAAAACUGUUGAACUUGAUGCUGCUCUUGGAGGGCGUGCAGUCCAGCACAGGGAAAUCCAAGGACAUGAAUCUGACAAGUUUUUAUCAUACUUUAGACCAUGUAUAAUACCAUUAGAGGGUGGUGUUGCAUCUGGGUUUAGAAAACCUGAAGAAGAGGAGUUCGAAACACGUUUGUAUGUGUGCAGAGGGAAAAGAGUUGUUAGGUUGAGACAGGUCCCUUUUGCAAGGUCUUCAUUGAACCAUGAUGAUGUAUUCAUACUAGACACUCAGGAUAAGAUUUAUCAAUUCAAUGGUGCAAAUUCCAAUAUUCAGGAAAGAGCAAAGGCUUUGGAAGUUAUACAACUCCUUAAAGAAAAAUAUCAUGAAGGGAAAUGUGAUGUUGCAAUUGUUGACGAUGGCAAGUUAGACACAGAGUCAGACUCUGGUGAAUUUUGGGUCCUCUUUGGUGGUUUUGCUCCCAUUGGGAAGAAAGUAAUAAGUGAGGAUGAUAUUAUUCCAGAGACAAUUCCUGCUCAGCUUUAUAGUAUUGUUGAUGGUGACAUUAAUCCCGUGGAAGGUGAACUGUCUAAAUCAUUGUUGGAAAACAACAAAUGCUAUUUAUUGGACUGUGGUGCUGAGAUAUUUGUCUGGGUUGGUCGCGUGACACAAGUUGAAGAACGAAAGGCUGCCGGCCAGGCUGUUGAGGAGUUUGUUACAAGCCAAAAUAGGCCAAAAGCUACUAGGAUAACAAGGGUUAUUCAAGGUUAUGAGACACAUUCAUUUAAGUCCAACUUUGAUUCUUGGCCAUCAGGAUCUGCUAAUACCAAUGCGGAGGAAGGAAGAGGAAAAGUUGCAGCACUGCUUAAGCAACAAGGAAUGGGUGUCAAAGGAAUGACAAAAAAUACCCCUAUAAAUGAGGAAAUUCCACCUUUGCUUGAAGGAGGUGGGAAGAUAGAGGUAUGGCUAAUUAAUGGAAAUGCCAAGACUGCAUUGCCAAAAGAGGACAUUGGUAAAUUUUAUAGUGGAGAUUGUUACAUUGUUCUGUACACUUACCACGCUGGUGAGAGGAAAGAAGACUACUUCUUGUGCUGUUGGUUUGGCAAAGACAGCACCGAGGAGGACCAAACAACAGCUACUCGGUUGACCAAUACAAUGUUUACCUCAUUAAAGGGUAGACCUGUACAGGGUCGCAUCUUCGAAGGCAAAGAACCACCUCAAUUUGUUGCUCUUUUCCAACCAAUGGUGAUACUUAAGGGAGGAUUGAGCUCUGGAUACAAGACAUCAAUAGAAGAGAAAGGUGCAUCAGAUGAGACAUACACAACAGAGUGUAUUGCACUUAUUCGAAUUUCUGGAACUUCUAUUCAUAACAAUAAAUCAGUACAAGUUGAUGCAGUGCCGUCAUCAUUGAAUUCUACGGAGUGUUUUGUCCUGCAAUCCGGCUCUACAAUGUUCACCUGGCAUGGAAAUCAGUGUUCCUUUGAGCAGCAACAGCUAGCAGCAAAGGUUGCUGAAUUUUUAAGGCCAGGAGUUACUUUAAAGCAUGCUAAAGAAGGAACAGAAAGCUCAGCUUUCUGGUCUGCGCUAGGAGGAAAACAAGCUUACACCAGCAAGAAAGUUGUUAACGAGGUUGUCAGAGAUCCACAUUUGUUCACUUUAUCAUUUAAUAAAGGAAAGUUCAAGGUAGAGGAGGUUUACAACUUCACUCAAGAUGACCUGCUGCCAGAGGAUAUCCUUGUACUUGACACACAUGCAGAAGUGUUUAUUUGGGUUGGUCAUUCUGUGGACCCAAAAGAAAAGCAAAAUGCUUUUGAAAUUGGCCAGAAAUACAUAGAUAUGGCGGCAUCUUUGGAGGGACUAUCUCCACAUGUACCAAUAUAUAAAGUAACGGAAGGGAAUGAACCUUGCUUUUUCACAACAUACUUUUCAUGGGAUAAUGCAAAAGCUAUGGUUCAGGGAAACUCAUUUCAGAAAAAGGUGGCAUUAUUCUUUGGAAUUGGCCAUGCUGUCGAGGAUAAGUCAAACGGGUCAAGUCAAGGGGGACCAAGACAAAGAGCUGAAGCUUUGGCUGCCUUAUCUAAUGCAUUUAGUUCAUCAUCUGAGAAAGUAUCCAGUGCGACACAAGAUAGAUUGAAUGGUUUAAGCCAAGGAGGACCAAGACAAAGGGCAGAAGCUUUAGCCGCUUUAAACUCUGCAUUUAAUUCAUCAUCUGGGCCAAAGGCUGUAACUCCUAGGGCAUCUGGAAAAGGUCAAGGAUCACAAAGAGCAGCAGCGGUGGCUGCUCUUUCAUCUGUUCUUACUGCUGAAAAGAAGAAAAAUACACCUGAUGGGUCUCCUGUGACUGGCAAUAGUCCUCUCACUGAAAAUAGUCCCACUGUUCUUGCUGCAGAAACUAAAAGUGAUUCUUCAGAAGUUGAGGAAGUUGCAGAAGCCAAGGAAACAACAGAGGAACUUGCCCCUGAAACCGGUAGCAAUGAGGAUAUGGAAACAAAACAAGAAAACGUGGACGCGGCAAAUGAUAGUCAAAGGACGUUCAGUUAUGAAGAAUUAAAGAGCAAAUCUGUCAAUAUAGCUGGAAUUGAUCUUAAACGGAGAGAGGCCUAUCUGUCGGAGGAGGAGUUCAAUAAUGUUUUUGGAAUGGCAAAAGAAGCAUUUUACAAGUUGCCAAGAUGGAAGCAAGAUAUGCUGAAAAAGAAAUUCGAAUUGUUGGGGAGAAAUGCGCGUAAGAAACGCGUUUGGGUGGCUUUUAUGAAUGAUCCAAAAUGGAAGUUAUACGAGUACAUAGUAUUAAAAAGGUUAUUGUCUGGUCCCCGCCGACAGAAUUUGUCACUCUUGGCAAAGGAAGGUUCCUGA